GGUAGACAUCUGUGUAUAUGCAUUUCAAAGGUAGAAUAGCAGUAAUAAUCUGUAUAGAACAGCAACUUCACUGUCGAAAAUACAAAGGGAAAACAUGCGUUUUUAUAGCAUUGUGUUUUUUUGCAGCAUUCCUAUAUUUCACUAAACAUUAUAUCGUCAGUGAUGUAAUAAUAAGGAUAUCCGGUUGGAAGUGGGGUCCAGUUGAUAGUCAGAAUUGUCCAGUAUUUGAUCACUCUAAAGAAGAUCCUACCAUUAAUCGUAUGGCAGUUUUAGUACCGUUUAGAGACCGUUUCACUGAAUUGCAAGAAUUCAUACCUCAUUUAAACAACUUCCUCAAUAAUCAAAACGUUCGCCAUACAUUUUUUAUCAUUAAUCAAGUGGAUGAUCUUCGGUUUAAUAGAGGAGCUUUGUUAAAUGUAGGAGCACUUGAGUCACUUGAAGCUGAAGUUAAUGGAACUAUUGUUGAAAGUAUUACUCAAAAAAAUUCAUUGUAUCAGUUAUCUUCACAAUGUUUAAAACUUCCUUUUACAAAAUAUUUGGCUUUACAUGAUGUUGACUUACUACCUGAAGAUCCGGCAUUAAAAUAUAGUAUGCCAUCGGAAUUAGGACCGAUUCAUCUUAUUCCAUUUUAUUUUCAUCCACGUUAUUAUUAUUUUAAAGAAUAUGCCGGUGGUGUUUUAAUCAUUAAAAGAACUCAAUACAGUUUAGUUGGUGGUAUGUCAAACUCAUUUUGGGGAUGGGGACGAGAGGAUGAUGAAUUUCAGAUACGUUUAAAAUCGAAAGGAUUUAAGAUUGUAACGCCAAUUAAUGUUACCAUGGGGCUGAAAGCUUUCCGUCAUAUUCAUCAAGAAGAUCAACAUAAACGAGACGUUAAGACCUACUAUAAUCCUGAUGUUAUGAACUUGAUUCGCAAUCCGAUCGGAGGUUUGACUUCAGUAAAUUAUACUGUUAUAAAAAGACGUCUAAUAACAAUAAGCAGUAUUCCAGCUAUUGUAAUCAAUGUUAAACUAUAUUGUGAUUCAAUGAAUUGCAAAUUAAAAUCAUGACAUAGUAUCACAGACAAGUCACCGUAUAAAUUUUCAUAUUCAUUCAGAUUUAUAUAUUUAAUAGUAUUUCUUUGCAUAUUAUUAACUUUAAAAGAAUUCGACUUGCAGUUAUCCUGAUGUAAAUACUUUCAUUUAUUCAUAACUGGAUGGUUGGCCAUAGCUAAUGUGUUGUUAUUAUUAUCAUUAUUGUUACUAUGGUUGUUGAGAGUUAAUGAAUGAUAAGUAUUUCCAGACCGAACUUUCUGGUAGAAAUAUGCUGAAUUCUAAAGUCAUAUUAAUGUUGUUGUAAUCUAUUAGUUAUGUAAAUAUAAGCACCAUGAUAGACGCUUAAAAACAGUUUAAAAAACUGUAUUUUGGAAUUUAGAAG